AUGCCUCUGGUCGACUCGUCUGCCACAAUAAUUGGCCAAAAUGAUGUCAGGUAGGCUAAAAUUAGGUUAUUUUGGACUAAUAUUGUCUUUAGGAAGGUGCAAAUAUACACGGGAUGUCGGUUUGGACUCACUCCUCUCUCUAAGGUUGCAAUUUGCCCGUUGGGAGGGCCAAUCGGUAAGAUUUUAAGGUUUUUUCUUUAAAUUUAGGUAUUCAUCAUGGAGAAGGUCGAGAAAUCAUCAGAUUUCUCCCAUUUUUACUCGAAUAAGUCUUGAACCAGCGACUCUAACCUGUGUUUUUUCCAGCCAUUGUAAAUGCAAAGGAAUAUCAAUCCGGAGCGUUGUCAGUGACGCGAAUCUACAAGGGCAAUGGAGAAUUCAUCGCUCAGGUGGAAGUCUCUCAUUUACUCGACGUAUUUUGGACAAUGGCACAAAAACUGGUUUUGCUGAGCAAGAAUGGGCGAGUUCUCGUCUACACAGCGACUGGACAAUCGCACAAGACGUUUUUCAUGGAUAAUGUGGGCAGUUUAUAUUGUACUUGGUGUUUGAUGUCCAAAAUUUCUAAAUUCAUGGUUUAAAAUGAUUUUUUUCAGAAGACCGAAUCGCUAGACAUUCAUAGUGCUGUGGCGUUUCACUCAAGAAACGCGAUCACAGGUCUGGCCUGUCUGAAAUCCAGUGGGCAACUUUUUGCGGUCAACGAUGUCGAGUCAAGUUUGUUAUGGAGAAUUGUUGAUGUCUCAAGUAAGUGUUUGAAAUACAUUCUAUUUUUGUUUUUAGAUUCACAAAACAUUCCGACAGUCUGGACAAUGGUUCCAACUGUUGAUGGUCCCAUGAUGGUGUGGACAAGUGGUAAGGCCAAGUUUUAUAUGGCCGGACAAGGAAAAUCGCCGGCUUUGAAGGUAAAAUCAUAUUGGAAAUUUACUAAGGGCUAGGUAUACUGCCUGAUGGCUUUAUUUGACUUCUCGAAAUGGAAGAAAAUUGUAUUAUUCUUGGGUUUCAGCAAGCAGAAUGGAUGUUUGGAGACUACACGGAUAUCCAAACUGACUAUUUCAAUGAGUCGUUGGCAUUGUUAAACACACAAAAUAAGAUUCAAAUUGUCUCUCCCGACUUGGAACAGGAACUUUAUCGAAUCGACACGGAUGGAAUUGAUCUUCAAAACACCAGAGUAUUAUGGUGGGUGUAUAAGUUAAUUUUUUUGUAAAAUUAUGCGCAUUAUAGGUUCAAAGAAGACCUUGUGAUGUUACAAACAGCACCGAAUGUUGUAUAUUGCACAAAGAAGGAGGGAGAAUCGAAUGAGUAAGUUUGAGGGUAAGAUGACGUCAUGGAUUAUAAAAAAGGUGAAAUAUGGCGAAUUAUGGUGUCUCAUUUGUUUAUAGUGGUGAUAGUUGUGUCAGAAGUAAGAUUCGACUUUGAAAAGGUUGAAUUUAGAGAUUUAAGAAACAUCAAAUAGUGGAGAUGGUAGGGAAUGACCGGGAAUAACUUGGGAUUUGAUGUGAUGUUGUCGGAUUUUGACGAGUUUUUUGGCAGCUUUUCUUCGGAAGAGCUUAAUAGUCCAUCACAGCUUGGUUUGGACAGGCUUUCUCGGGUUUCUGAAGCAGAUUUUGACAAGUGUAAUAUAAUGGAUAUAUCAAAAAAAAAAAAAAGAAUUUUUUGUUCGCUUUUUUACCUUGACUAAACAGCCGUUUGUACUGCUUAUUCACAAUCGAGUUGUACUCCUCCGCCGAGGUCCGAUGCCCAUUGUGCGCGUCGUUGAAGGUGGUUAUCCGCAAGCACUCUCCAUUCGCAUUGUACACGAUCCGAAGGCCGGCCCGGCACCCACAAGCCAAGUGUUUCGUGGGCCUGCCGCCCAGCGGAUUGUUCCCUCGAGGUCUCGGCUCUCCAUAGCGGGAGCAGUGAUAGCUGACGGCGCGGACUUUGAAAAUGGGAUGGACUUCUCCGUUGGCUAGCCGGAACUUGUCCGAAUUGUAGAUCCGGAAAGGAUGGUGGUAAUGCUCUUUCCAGGCGGAGAAGUGCCGAUUGAACUCGUCGAAACUGAAAGAAAUGGGGUUGGAGCGGAAUUGGGAUUAGAAGCUUCAAUUACUCCCUGAGUUGAGGGAGUAAUUUGAAGCUCGUUUUUACCGAUCGUAGAUAAUAUUACUAUUUUCAUAAAGUGCAUGGACGUUUUUCGCUUUCCCACAUUACAUUUUGAACUUUUUCCCACGUUUGUCGCCAACGCACAGUGCAUUUUUGUUUUUCUCUUUUCGCACAGUGCAAACCUCAAAAAAUGCCAUUUGCACUGUGCAAAUUUCUGACGCCGACACAGCGACGUAGCUGAAACUUCCUUAUGUCGCAGCGAUAUUUCAAUGCAUAAAGUGCAUGGACCCUUGUCCGAAUCACAAAAACCCUGGUUUUGCACCGUGCAUUUCAUAUUUUUUUUUUGGGUUUGCACUGUGCAUGAAAAUAUCGCUGCGACAAAAGAAAGUUUCAACUACGUCGCUGCGUCGACGCCAGGAAUUUGCACAGUGAAAACGGCUCUUUUUGCGGUUUGCAGUGUACGAAAAGAGAAAAACAAAAAUGCACUGUGCGUUGGCGACAAACAUGUUAAAAAGUUCAAAAUGCACUGUGCGAAAAGGAAAAAUGUCCAUGCACUUUUGGGCUUUUUUUGUAAGCUUACCUGGAAAAUUCCGCUCCUUUUUUGAUCCGUCGAUAAUCGGGGAGGUCCUGGUCGGUCGAAAAUGAUGGACCUGAAGGGUUCAUUUCAUUGAUAGUGACAAGUUAUAUUCUCCACGUGAAAUGGGCUGAAAAUUGGGUUAAAUUAAUUUUUGAAGGCUUUUCUAUCAAUCUUAUUGGGUAAAAUACGGUUAAAAAUCAAUGUGCGAGCUUGAAAUGGGGAAAAAUUAGUGGGUUUCCGAAUUUUUCGGAAAUCAACAGAUGCAACACCCAUCUGUUUUCGAAAGUGACUGUUUUCAAAGAGUUUCUUCUUUCUACAAAAGUGCGAUUGUCCCGUUUCGACACCGCCUUAAUGUCUUUCCUUUCAUUAGGUGGCCAAGGACUUUGUUUUUGAAAUUUGGAAAUCAUUUGGUCUUGUGAUCUCUUAAUGCGGCAUACUAGUCCGUUUGUAAAGUCGUUAAAGUGAUUUCGGCGACAUGCAUUGUGCGAAAACAAAAGUUUACUUUGCACUGCGAAAUUUGUUGCUUUUUGCACCAUGCAAUGGGGGUUUUUGGACUGUAGCUUGCACCCCGACACGAGAAAAAGUCAGGGCGCAAGCGACAAUCCAAAAAAGCCUUUUGCACGGUGCAAAAAGCAACAAAUUACACAGUGCAGGGUUGAUUUUUGUUUUCGCACAAUGCAUGUCGCCAAAAUCACUUCAACGACUUUACAAGCGGACUAGUAUGCCGCAUUAAGAGAUCAUAAGACCAAAUGAUUUCCAAAUUUCAAAAACAAAGUCUUUGACCACCUAAUGAAAGCGGAGACAUCAAGUCAGUGUCGAAACGGGACAAUCACACUGUUGUAGAAAGAAGAAACUCUUUGAAAACAGUCACUUUCGAAAACUCUUGGGUGUUGCAUCUGUUGAUUUCCGAAAAUUCCGGAAACCCACUAAUUUUUUCCCAAUUGUCGCAAAAAUCACUCCAACAAUAUUGUGAACGGACUGGCAUAAAUCAUCUCGUAUUUGGUGAUUUUUUCAGAUACAAAUUCCCCUAUGACAUCCACACUUCUCAAGAGCCGGAUGGCCUCACAAUUUACACCAACGACUCGGUCCACGCCCUCCAUCCGGUCUCGUCCGCAACUCGCCGAGUCUUGUCGAUGGCCUCACAAGCGCCGGGCGCCUUCCUCUACGAAGCGUCGCUGAAAUUCCGCCGCUCGGACCCCCAAGUCAACGACUACGUCCAGCAGAUUGGAGACGCCAUUUCCGAAGCCGUGAAAGAUUGUUUCGAAGCCGCCACGGAAAUUCGAACCGCUCAAGAAGAGGAGAAUUUGUUGGCGGCGGCGGUGUUCGGCCAAUCGCUGCGGCGGAUCAGCUCGAACACGCAGAGAAUCGAGUUUUCGGAGAAGUGCAAGAUGUUCCGAGUGCUGCGGUUCCUCUACGAAAGAGGGAUCCCGCUCAGCUUCAAGCAGCUGGAGAUCCUGGGCAUCAGAGCCGUCCUGGACCGCCUGAUCGAGCUCCGACUCUUCGCCGCCGCCGACAUAAUCGCCACCCAAACCCAGCCCCAGUCCCGCUCGCGAAUCAUCGCACACUGGGCGUUGGACUCGAUGGAUAAAGUCUCGAAUGGACUGGCCGAAGAGAACGCUCUUUGCGAACGGAUCAUCCAACGCUUCAAGGAGCAAAAGCAUGUGUCGUUCGCGGAGACGGCCCUCGUCGCCCAUGAGAAGGGGCUCCAACGCUUGGCGUCCAGAUUGUUGGACCUGGAGGUGGAUGUCACAAAACAAGUCAAAUCGUUUUUGAAACUGAAGAAACAAGAGAAAGCACUGGAAAUUUGCGCCAAAUGCAAUGAUCCCGAUCUUUGUAAGCCGUUUGGAGAUGGAAUUUGGAGAAUUUUUGAGUUGAAUUUUUUUGUUACAGUAACCCAAAAUGCUUUUUUAUUUUUUUGAAUUUUAGUGUACUUGGUCAUCCGCCAUCUGAAAGCCGAUAGGAACCCCAGAGAACUCGAGCUGACCCUUCAAAAAGUCCCCAAUGUCUUCCAAAUGUAUAAAGUAAGUGAUCUGAUGCCUAGUGUAAUAUAAAUUUUGUCUAAAAAACAAUAUUAAACGUGUAAGGUUGCCAAAUAGAGUGGAGUAAGCUAGUUUUAUUUCCAGGAGAUGACAAAAGACGAGAAUCCAGCCCGAUUGUUAGCCCUAUAUCAACAGAGCGACGACUUCCGAAGACAAGCCCUCUAUUAUUUGAAUGCCACCGCCGAUUGUAAUGUUUUUGACACGACAAAGCUAACGGAACAGCUUGCAAAGGCUCAGGAGGCCCUUCAAUCGGGAGGAUAUAGCCAGUUGGCCAACCUCACACAACAGCAUCAACAAUUGGUGAAGGAAAACGCGAUUCUGGAGGAAAAAUACGCGACAAGUUUGGUCGAUAAAACCCUGAAAGAGACGUUUAAAUGGGCAGUUAUAAAGGUAGGAGACGAUAAAUGUUGCUAUCAGUCAAGUUUUACCCAUUUUGGGCAGUAAAAUUAAAAAUCAAGUUUUCGUGGCGGGACCAAAAUUUUUUUAUAAGUUGGAAUAGAUGAUAAAUUCGAAUUUUAUGUGGUUAUAUGGGAGUAAUAUGGACGCUUUCCACUUUCAGCGACCCCAACAAGCCGAUGUUCUCCGAAAAAAAUACAAAUUGAACGACCUACAGUAUUGGUAUUGGACUCUGGAAGCACUGGCGGAAAACGACCUCUGGCAACGGUUCGAACAUUUCGCGAGAGAGCAAAAGCCACCUCGAGGCUUCUUCCCACUCAUUCAAAUAUUGGCCAAGCACAAACGCAGCGAUUUGGCAACGAAAUUUGUGGAGAAACUCCAACCCUCGGAAAGGCCGAAAGCUUGGGCAAUUUUGGGGUAAGUUACUGUAGAUAUUGGUAAAUAAUAGCCGGAAAAGGAAGGCUGGAGGGCCAGGAAGAGGACAACGGAUGUGUUAGGGGCGGAUAUAGCCUGUAUGUGGAGGUACAGUAUAUUAUACUGGGCAAAAGGUCCAAAAAUUUCGGCAAACCCUGAGCGGCACCCAUUCCCAGACCUCCGGCGCCCAUAAAUACCCCCGACUUGAUCAGUACCCACCAAUUUCGGGGGUUGUUUUAUAACGUGCGGGACCUAAGUGCAGGUGGACAGCCGGAGAUUUAUGAAACGGCCGCAAUUCGCACAUAAAUUGACAUAAUUCCCGGGUGAAACGGGAGACAAAAAAUUACGGUUGGCACAAAAAAAAAUUCUUUUUUUGAUUUCUUGAGACCUGAAAUUUUCAGGGAAAAUGAAAAAGCGUGCCGAGCGGCAGCCGAAAUUGACGAUUUCGACUUUCUCCAUCAACUCAGACUUCAGAAACCUGAGGAAUCGGAGGAAAGUAAACUUAUUCAACAGUUGAUCGAUGAAAUUCGCCAACAAAAACCUUCUACAUCGGCUUAA